CACGCAGCGUGAUUAUCUACACAUAUCUUCAGUGAUCAAAUAAAAUGGCUUAUGAAGCCUAUAGGAAUUAUAUCGCUUCGUUUGAAAUCUAUCUAAGAGACUCAUGCAUUUUCUAGGAAUAGCGCGGUGAGGCAUUUGAGGCAAUGACAUCAACAUUAUUCUUCCUCUUUCAGAGAGUUUGAAAUGAAGACGUCAGGAGAACAAGCGGCGAUCACAUCAAACUCUUCAUUUAACGUGUAACUCAAUGUUAUCUUUCUUGGCGCAGUUUGUAUCUGUUUUACGGUUUGAAAGAGACACACUUUGAAGACUAAUUUAGUUUUUUUGUUUAAACAAAUCGCGAUGGCUUUACAGUUUUGCGAUGCCUUUUGGGGCGCUGACUUUACUGACCAAUCAGGCUAUGAGGCCAUUGCACAGAGGUUACAGGAUGGCAGACACAUGUGCAAAGAUGUGGAAGAACUGUUGAAAAUGAGAGCAAUGGCUGAGGAGAAAUACGGAAGAGAGCUUGUGGCAAUUGCUCGGAAAGCAGAAGGCCAGACCGAGAUUGGAACAUUGAAGGCGUCAUUUGACAAGAUGAAAGCUGAAAUUGAGAAGACAGGAAAUCUACACAUCCAGCUGUCUGAAGGGAUAAGGGAGGAUGUCCAGAAAAUCGAGGCAUUUCGAGAACAUCAGAGGGAACAGACAAGAAAGCUUGAAGAGAUUAUUGAAAAGCUUCAGAAGCCAAAAAUGGUGUUGCACAAGAAGACAAUGGAGUCAAAAAGGUUGUAUGAACAAAGAUGUAAGGAAGCUGAUGAAGCGGAGCAAGCAUCGGGGAAGAAGACAAAUGUGACCUCCUCCACCCACCGGCAAUCAGAAAAGGUGCUGAACAGGGCCCGUUUAUGCAGACAAGCAGCCAACUUUGCAGAAAAGCAGUAUAUGUGGAAUGUUGAACAGCUAGAAAAAACUCGGCAGGACUGGGAGAGCACAUACAGAAGUGUGUGUGAGGUGUUUCAGCAGCAGGAGUGUGAACGCAUUAAUAUCUUGCGCUGUGUGUUAUGGAAUCACUGCAAUUUGCUGUCUGCGCAGUGCGUGAGGGGCGAUGAGUGCUAUGAGGAAGUAAGGAAGGUUUUAGAGCAGUGCGACUUCAUUGCUGACAACAACUGUUUCAUUGAGAUGAAAAAGACACACUGUCAUCCACCAGCUCCCUUAGAGUUUCAAUGCUACAGUGAUGUGGAUUCUAAUGAAGGUCUCAGGAGGGUAGAAAUGAAAAGAUUAUCUAUCAGGCUGCCAAGGGUGAUGCCCUCUUGUGGAUCUCCAGAAGCAGACAGGAAUUUAGGAGCAACAUUUACACCUGCUGAAGAAAGAGGAGAUGUGGCUGAAAAGUACUUGGUGUUGUAUGAUUUUAAAGCUAAGGAAGAGGAUGAACUGUCUAUCAGUAAAGGAGAAAUCGUCAUGGUAACUGAGCAUGGUGAGGAUGGGUGGUGGACAGCAUGGAAAGAUGGCAUAUCAGGGUUGGUUCCUGGAACAUACUUGACCAAAGUCUCACCGAGUUGCAAACAUCUCACUUCUCAUUCUCGUGGGAAAUCCGUCAAGUGGAACUAACCAGAUCUGUAAAGAAUAUAAUAUAAAAAUAAACAGUCACUAGACUUAAAGUAAAGAUUAUCUGUGAUUUGGACUUAUACUGACAGGAAUGGAGCGCUUUUCCACGAUCACGCCGAACCAUUCCAAGCACAGUCUGAAACGUUUAAAGUUAUGUUUCCAUGUGAGCCUGGCACGAUUAUAAACUCUGCUCGGCUUGGAAUUUUCGGCUCAGUUGUCUAAUCGUACUAAUUAGCACCGAAUUGUGCAAAGAAAUGCACUAAGAGUCAUUACAGCUCAGUCAAUUGUGGUACAAGGCAGCGUGACGCGUUUGUGUUUACAUUCUAAAAAAUUCCGUUAUUAGCUUUGCGGUGGAAAAUGAAACCAUAUACGUACCAGCUGGCAUGGAUCGGCACGGAGUGGUGAAGCGCUCUAAGUUUAUUUGGCCUGCACUUGGCAUUCUUUUUGAUGGAAAUGUACCUAACAGUAUCAAGUAUUCUCAUUAGGCUUGAGGCUAUUAAUUACUUUUUGACAUAGUAUUACAUAUUGUCAAAUCAGUCUCUCUCACUGUACAAUGUAGGACCAUUGUUUAGGAGCCACAACCACAGAAACCGCCACUGUUGACAUCUUUCGUCAAGUAGCAGGCUUUACCCACAAAGACUGCAUUCUGUGAUCAAAUUUGGAGGUGCUUCACCUAUGUAUCAGUUUUGAAAUGUGUUUACACGUAUGCAGCCUGUUUAUUGUCAAUUUUUUUCUUUUCAUUUUUACCCCCUAAAGUAUUCUUUUUGUUAUUCACUUAAAUAUAUAGGUUGCAACUUCACAAUUAAGGUGAAACAGGUUCUGACAUGAUUAAUUUUGAUAAAAAAUGUUUACAUAAUAAACACCUGCAAUUUUAACAUAGGUGUGUAGACUUUUUAGAUCCACUGUGUAAGUAUUAUAUACUUUAUAGGAGAAGUAAUGGAACAGUCAAAUAUUUGCCUCUGCCCCUCAUGUGACUAUUUUGCAUCAUCCUUUGCAUUACAAUUUGUUUUUCCGAUUUGUUUUUGCAUUGAUACAAAGUAGAUGAAAUUGCUAAUCAAUGAAUUUUGUUCUUUAUUAUUUUCAUUUUUACAUGUGAACAGGGUUUGAUGACUCUAAAAAAGUAUAAAUGCUUAUUUUUUUUAUUUGAAUUCUGAUUAUAUUGUGAGGAAAAACACAAUUAAUAAAUAUUGAUAACAGUAACAGA